GCUCUUUUUCAACCCUUGUCUUCCAUUAAUCAAUUGCAUUUAUCGUCAUCCCGAGUUGGCUGUCCAGUCAGUCUCCACCUCCGUCUAAACAAUUGAAUUUCAAAAAAUAUAUUCAUUCCUUAAAAGUCAAGCAAGACUAUAACCCACCACCUCCCUCCCUUUUCGACCCUUUCCAUUCCUUCCUUCAAUUUUCCUGAAUUCCAUGCAAUAAUGAUUCACAAUUCAGGGAUGGACCCGUUUGGCGAGCUGGGUGUGGACCUUUCUUCGUCGGAGCUCCGGGAAACCGCUUACGAAAUCCUCGUCGGAGCAUGCCGGAGCUCCGGCUCCGGGAGGCGCCUCACUUACGUUUCGAGUUCGAAUUUGAAGGAGAGAAGUCAGCAGCAGUCGCAGACGCACAAGUCAGCUGCGAGCAAGGUGAAGAAGGCUCUGGGCCUCAAGCCCAAGAAGAAGAAGAAGAGCAGCGGCGAGGAGGAGGAUGAGCCCGACAGAAAGAGCCUCGGGGAGCUGAUGAGGGUUCAGAUGAGGGUUCCGGAGCAGACCGAUUCGAGGAUCCGACGUGGCUUCUUACGAGUGGCUGCCGGUCAGCUUGGAAGGCGCAUUGAGUCAAUGGUUCUGCCGUUGGAGUUGUUGCAGCAUUUCAGGUCGUCAGAUUUCAGUAGUGAACGGGAAUACGAGGCAUGGCAGAGAAGGAACUUGAAAAUCCUCGAAGCAGGGCUCCUUAUCCACCCGCACGUGCCUCUUGACAAGUCACUUACUGCCCCUCAACGCCUUCGGCAUAUCCUACAUGCUGCAUCUGAGAAACCCAUUGAUACAGACAAGCACAGCGAAUCGAUGCUUGUUCUCUGCAAUGUUGUUACUUCUCUUGCUUGCAGAUCAUUUGAUGGCUCUACAUCUGAUAUUUGCCAUUGGGCUGAUGGAAUUCCACUAAAUCUCCAUCUUUAUAAGAUACUCAUAGAAGCCUGCUUCGAUGUAAAUGAUGAGGCAUCAGUUGUUGAAGAAGUUGAUGAUGUAUUGGAUCAAGUGAAGAAGACCUGGGUGAUCCUUGGGAUAGAUCAGGUGUUUCACAAUCUCUGUUUUUUGUGGGUUUUAUUCCACCAAUACAUUGCUACAGGUGAAACUGAAAACGACCUUCUCUUUGCUGUUGAUCAUAUGAUGGUGGAAGUGGUGAAGGAUGCCGACCUAGCUUAUGAUCCUAAAUACUCGAAGAUCUUAAGUUCAACACUAAGCCUGAUACUAGAUUGGGCAGAUAAAAGACUUAGUCAAUACCAUGAAUUUUUUCAUAGGGUUAACAUAGAUGUAAUGCAAAGUGUUUUGACCAUUGGGGUAUCAGCAGCAAGAGUACUGAUGGAUAUAUCUCGUGAAUAUGAUAAGAAGAGGAAAGAAGUUGAUGUGGCGUGCAGCAGGGUUGAUGCAUAUAUAAGGUCGUCAGUGCGCAAUACUUUUUCUCAGGAAAGAGAGAAGCUCAUUACAAGCAGGAAGUCCUCUAAGAAUCAGCAGAGUCCUCUCCCUCUUCUUUGCUUGCUCGCCCAAAAUAUCUGUGACAUGGCAUUCAAUGAGAAGGAAAUAUAUAGUCCUAUACUGAAAACAUGGCAUCCUCAUGCCACAAGUGUAGCUGUUGCUACUCUUCAUGCCUGCUAUGCGAAAGAGCUCAAGAAAUUUGUAUCCAGUAUAAAUGAAUUAAACCCUGAAGCUAUACAAGUGCUACUAGCCGCGGAAAAGCUUGAAAAAGAUCUAGUGGAUAUGGCAGUUGCUGAUUCAUUGGACAGUGAAGAUGGUGGGAAGUCAACCAUUCAGGAGAUGACUCCUUAUGAAUCUCAGGCUGUGAUUACCAACUUAGUAAAAUCUUGGAUACAGACUAGACUUGACAGGCUAAGGGAAUGGGUCGACAGAAAUUUGCAACAAGAGGACUGGAAUCCUCAAGUAAAUAAAGGGCGCUUCGCACCAUCUGCUGUGGAAGUCCUACGGAUUGUUGAUGAGACUUUGGAAGCAUUUUUUUUGCUUCCAAUACCAAUACACCCAGUUUUGCUUCCUGAGUUGAUUGGUGGUUUAGAUAGAUGCCUUCAGAAAUAUAUUAUAAUGGCAAAAUCUGGAUGUGGUUCUCGUGUUUCUUUUAUUUCGCCACUGCCAGCGUUGACCAGAUGUGCUACUGGUUCAAAAUUUAGGGCAUUCAAGAGGAAAGAUCGGUCACUUUCGGGUCCAGGUAGAAAAUCCCAGGUCUAUAACAGAGAUGGGGAUGAUUUAUUUAGUGUGCCACGGCAGUGUUUUCGCAUUAACACUCUGUACAACAUCCGCAAAGAGCUGGAAAGCCUAGAGAGAAGGAUGGUGGCGAAUCUGAAAAAUAAUGGAUUAGCUCACGAUGUAAAUGCUGGAAAUGGGAAUUUCAGCCUCUCCAUAGCUUCCAGCAUGGAAGGGAUCCGGGAAUUGUCGGAGGCAAUAGCAUACAAAGUGGUUUUCCAUGAUUUGAGUCACGUUCUUGGCGACUACCUGUAUUUGGGGGAAGUUUCCUCAUCCAGAGUCGAACCUUUCCUCGAGGAGCUGGAGCAGAAUCUAGAAAUCAUAUCCGUAACAGUUCACGAUAGAGUUCGGACACGUGUGAUCAUCGAUGUGAUGAAGGCUUCCUUCGAAGGAUUCUUGCUGGUUCUGCUUGCUGGAGGACCUUCCCGUGCUUUCAGCGUGCAGGAUGCUCGGAUGAUAGACGAGGAUUUGAAGUCCCUUAGCGAUCUCUUCUGGUCGAACGGAGAUGGUUUGCCAGCAGAUGUGAUUGAUAAGGUCUCAGCUGCUGUGAGAGGUGUUGUUUCUCUUUUCGAAACUGAGACAGAGAGCCUUGUAGAGAAAUUCAAACAUGUGAGUCUUGGUAGUAAUGAAGUUUCAGCAGUAGCCAAAUGGAGGCCUCCUUUACCUCCCACAACAGGUCAGUGGAGUGCUACUGACCCAAACACAAUUCUACGAGUUUUGUGUCAUCGCAAUGAUAAAAUUGCAUCAAAGUUUCUCAAGAAAACCUUCGACAUGCCUAAGAAAAUUUGAUCAUCAAAUAAAGAAAGAUGGGGGUGGCUUUUUACUUUUUAUGUAUGCAUUAUUUUGUAUAGCUUCUCAAUACUUGUAAAUUAUUUGAGGCUUCUUUAUCCUUUUAAUUUUCAAUAGGAAAUUAAGUGUGAUGUGUGCCAAUUUUUUUGGUGGUUAUAAUUUUUUGUAGAUGGAAAGAGUAUUUGGUUUC